AAUAUUUUAAAAUCCGAAAUACUUCUGACCCAAAGCAUUUUGGAUAAGGAAUACUCAGCUUGUACUAGCAGUGGACUUUGCGCAUUGCUAACCUGGGAACCUGCCUCUGUGUCUAACUUGGACAAUUGCAUGAGCCUACACUGAAGACCCUGUCACUCAGCACUGGUCAGAGCUGGUCUUUAAGACCUUCCCACCAACUCUAAUAACUUGUGACUUUUUGCCACCCUUUUGAGCUUCGGAAAUGCUUAUAAUCACAAAUCAGAAUGAGCAAAGGGGUCUUGGGGCUAAGGGUCAGAAGUCAGCUGCUGGGGUGGGUGCUGCACUAACUGCUGGGAGGAGCUUGCAUGUUUGGAUGUCAAGCGUGGAGUUUAACUUGAAUUUAACAUAACUGAGUGUCACAUCUGUGGCUUCCCUGGCCAGAGACCGAGAGAGAGCCAGAGGCAGGCCAAAUUCUUAGCUGAGCUCGUCUCACUCCUGUUCAUGUUGUUUCUCCCUGCACUACAUUAGUUCUGUCUAUUCUGCAUGCCUUUCUGUUUGGGGAGUUUUGUUUAAUUUGUGUUUUGUUUCUUGCAUGCUUCACUUUCUUAUGUUGAACCUCCACAAAGGUUUUGUUUUGUUGAUUAUUGUAUUUUACUCCAUGGUUUCCGUGUCCCUCCCCCCACCAACCCCAUCCUCGUUUUGUCUUCUUACAGGUAGAGAGUAGUUCCUCCUGUUACUGUAGAGGACUGACUACACUUUCCAAAGGAAAAUGUUCCAAAUGUCACCUUGCUGGCAUCUCACAAGCGUUACCUUCCUUCCUUCUCUUCCUCUCUUAGAAGGAAGUGACAUCAUUCAUCUACUUAUUUACGUCCUGCGCUUUUUUAGGAUUUGUUGUCAAGAACUGUGUACUUUUUAUUUUGCAACACAAACAGGCAGCUGCAGGUACUCUGCUUCUCCCUCCUGUCCCUUUUCCCAGCUGCUUUCUGUCCUUUGGUCUUCGUUUUGCUUCUCAGUGUGUUCCAUUAUUCACUUUUGUUUGGUUUAUUUCUCCUAGAAGCUAUUUGGUUAAAGCUGUUUUUUGAUGUUAUUGUCCUUGUUUUCUGUUACCUGGAAGCAGCUACUUACCCCCCCCAAAAAAAACAAAAACAAAAAACCCCCCAAAUUAAGAUGAUUUGUUGGCUUUUUUUAAAUGGGAAAAAAGUUGUGCAAAGGAUAACCAAGCCCACCAAGGAGCUUUUCUGUGGUUGUUCCUGGCCAGAGGUGUGACACUCAGAACUGAGAGGCCCGAGUGUUACUAACCAAUAUUUAAUCGGUUUUUUUAAGACUGAAGUGGCCACCUCCCCAUCGGGCGCCUGGCAGAGGCUCCAUAGAGUCAACCAAGACCUCCAAAAUGAGCUUGAAGCCCAGUGCCAGCGCCAGGAGCUGAUCACGCACCAGAUUCAGACCUUGAAGCAUAGCUAUGGGGAGGCCAAGGACGCGAUCCGGCACCAUGAGGCCGAGAUCCGGAGCCUCCAGGCCCGGCUCAGCAACGCGGCCGCCGAGCUGGCCAUCAAGGAGCAGGCACUGGCCAAGCUCAAGGCAGACCUGAAGCGGGAGCAAGGCCGGGUCCGCGAGCAGCUGGAGGAGCGGCAGCACAGUGAGGCAGCGCUGAGCGGCCAGCUGAGGGCCAGUGAGCAGAAGCUCAAGAGCGCUGAGGCCCUGCUGCUGGAGAAGACACAGGAGCUGCGUGACCUGGAGAUGCAGCAGGCACUUCAGCGGGACCGGCAGAAGGAGGUGCAGAGGUUGCAGGAGCGCAUCGCUGACCUUAGCCAGCAGCUGGGUGCCAGCGAGCAGGCCCAGCGGCUGAUGGAGGAGAAACUGCAGAGGAACUACGAGUUGCUGCUGGAGAGCUGCGAGAAGGAGAAGCAGGCACUGCUGCAUAACCUGAAGGAGGUGGAGGACAAGGCCAGUGCCUACGAGGACCAGCUGCAGGGCCACGCACAGCAGGUGGAGGCCCUGCAGAAGGAGAAACUGAGUGCCACAUUCGAGGGCAGUGAGCAAGUGCAUCAGCUAGAGGAGCAGCUGGAAGCACGGGAGGCCAGUGUGCGCAGGCUCGCCGAGCAUGUGCAGAGCCUCUGUGAAGAGCGCGACCUCCUUAGGCAGCGGUUCCAGGAGUUGACGGAGCGCGUGGCUGCAUCUGAUGGGAAUGUGGCUGAGCUGCAAGAGAAGCUGAGGGGAAAAGAGGCCGACUACCAGAACCUGGAGCACUCCUACCAGAGGGUCUCCAGCCAGCUCCAGAGCAUGCACACACUGUUGAAAGAGAAGGAAGAAGAGCUGGAGCACAUCAAGGAAGUACACGAAAAGGUUCUGGAAAAGAAAGAUCAGGACCUCAAUGAGGCAUUGGUUAAGAUGGUUGCCUUGGGGAGCAGCUUAGAGGAAACAGAAAUUAAACUCCAGGCAAAGGAAGAGAUUUUAAGGAAAUUUGUAAGUGAGUCUCCAAAGGAUACAGAAGAGCCACAGAGAGCCCUGGAAGAAACGGAAGAGGAUGGCACUUUACUCUUGGGCCAGCAGCUCCAAGCCACUGGAGUACCCCUGGGCUUCCCACACACAAGGCUUGAGGAUGAAGACCCAGGGGUUGUCUUGGGGGAGGAACGUGGCAACGACAGUCCCAGUAGAGAAGAGGGCAUGGUGCACCUGAAGUCAGUUGCAGUGCCUGACAGGGAGGGCCAUUUGCAGAGUACAGCCAGACUUGACCAAGGGAUACCCGGUGUGAAAAGGCAAAGGAUCCGGUUCUCCACUAUCCAGUGCCAAAGAUACGUCCACCCUGAAGGGUCCGAGAAGACCUGGACCAGCAGCACAUCUUCUGACACUAGCCAGGACCGGUCACCCUCUGAGGAAAGCAUGUCCUCGGAGCCCAUGCCCAGCACGUUGCCUGCAGCUGGCGACUCCGAGACAUAUCUCUCCAUCAUCCACUCCUUAGAGACCAAGCUCUAUGUCACAGAGGAGAAGCUCAAAGACGUGACUGUGAGGCUGGAGAGCCAGCAGGGCCAGAGCCGGGAGGCGCUGCUUGCUCUGCACCACCAGUGGGCAGGCACUGAGGCCCAGCUGCGUGAGCAGCUCCAUGCCAGCCUGCUCCAGGUCGGUGCGCUGGCCUCCCAGCUAGAGCAGGAGAGGCAGGAGAGGGCCAGAAAGGUUGAAGGACACGUGGGGGAGCUCGGAGACUUCCAGGUAAAGAACAGUCAGGCCCUGGCAUGCUUGGAAAGCUGCCGAGAACAGCUGAGGUCACUGCCGAGGGCCAGCCAGGAGGAGGAGCAAGACACCCGUGUGGCCUCCCUAGCCAGCGUUGAGAGCACACUCAUCAGCGCCAUCCAGGCCCUGCAGCACUGGCCAGCCCCUGCCAGCAGUGGGGCCCAUGCUCACCUGGAGGAGAGCAGCAUCGUGGAGGACGGGAAGCCAACCUCUCAGCAGCGCCCCCAGCCCGAGCUGACCGAACAGGAGCAAGUGAAGCUCCUUUCUGAUCAAAUAGCUCUGGAGGCCUCACUGAUCAGCCAAAUAGCAGACUCUUUAAAGGACACAACAUCAGAUAUCUCCCGUGUUCUCCAUGAGAUUUCACAGUCAGGAAAGCUGCCGCUGGAGUCUGCUGGGUCCCCCGCAGAUGCCUGGGCCAGGAAGGUGCUGGUGGAUGGUGAGUUCUGGAGCCAGGUCGAGUCCCUGAGGAAGCACUUGGGGACACUGGGAGGAGAGGCAGUUGGUACAUCAGGAGGCGGGCAGCCGAGCAUCCCACAAGGCCUGGCCGACGCCACAUGGGUCAGGGCAGAGCUCAGCUUUGCCACACAGUCGGUGAGGGAGUCGUUCCACCGUAGGUUACAGAGCGUCCGGGAGACCCUACGGGGGACCCAGAUGGCCCUGCGGCAGCACAAGUGCCUACUGAGAGAAAUCCUGGGAGCCUACCAAACCCCUGACUUUGAGAGAGUGAUGCAACAGGUUUCAGAAGCCCUCAGGCUUCCAGCGGGUAGGGAAGAUGGUGUGCAGCUGUCCUGGGACCUGAGCCCCUUAGGAGAAGUCCUGAGCCAAGAUUCAGAUGGUUCCCAGGAACCCUUUCCUUUGUCCAACCAGAGCUCCAGGGCCCUUGUUGCUAUUCAGGAAGAGCUCGCCCAGCAGCUAAAGGAGAAGGCCAGUCUCUUAGAGGAGAUAUCUGUGGCUUUACCAUCUCUACCGCCUGUGGAGUCACUGGGAGAUUGUCGGAAGCUUCUCCAGGCGUCUCAGAGUCUCUCGUAUAACAAUUGUUUGGGAGGCCUCGGUCAGUAUUCUUCAUUAUUGGUUCAAGAUGCAAUUAUUCAGGCCCAGGUGUGUUAUGCGGCCUGCAGAAUCCGGCUGGAUUAUGAGAAGGAGCUCCAGCUCUGCAAGGAGUCCUGGCAGACCAGGGGGCCCUCCUGCCCAGAGCAGGCACAGGCUGCCAGGGCCCUGAGGGAGGAGUAUGAAGAGCUUCUCCGCAAGCAGAAGAGCGAGUACCUGGAUGUGAUUGCCAUCAUUGAAAGGGAGAACGCCGCACUCAAGGCCAAGGCCGCCCAGCUAGACCAUCAGCAGCAACGUCUGGAAGAGGCAGAAAGCAAGCACAGUGCAAGCAUGUUUGCCCUGCAGGGAAGGUAUGAGGAGGAGAUCAGGUGCGUGGUGGAGCAGCUGAACAGGACCGAGAACACACUGCAGGCCGAGCGUAGCCGCGUCCUGAGCCAGCUGGAUGCCUCUGUUAGAGACAGGCAGGACAUGGAGAGGCACCACGGCGAGCAGAUGCAGACCCUAGAGGACAGGUUCCAGCUGAAGAUCAAGGAGCUACAGACGAUCCACGAGGAGGAGCUUAGGACCUUGCAGGAGCACUACACGCAGAACCUGCAGUGCCUGCAGGAGACCCUGCGCCUCUACCAAGAGCAGCACCCCAAGGCUCUGCUGGCCCCUGCACCCCGCUGGCAGGCAGCUGAGGGGGAGGCCGACUCCAUGACAGGGCUGAGGGAGCGUAUCCAGGAGCUGGAGGCCCAGAUGAAUAUCAUGCGGGAGGAGCUGGGCCACAAGGACCUAGAAGGCGACGCGGCGACACUUCGGGAGAAGUAUCAGAGGGACUUUGAGAACCUCAAGGCCACAUGCGAGCGAGGGUUUGCAGCAAUGGAGGAAACACAUCAGAAGAAGAUUGAAGAUUUGCAGAGGCAGCAUCAGCGGGAGCUGGAGAAACUACGGGAGGAGAAAGACCGCCUCCUGGCUGAGGAGACAGCGGCUACCAUCUCAGCCAUUGAAGCCAUGAAGAAUGCUCACCGGGAGGAGAUGGAGCGGGAACUGGAGAAGAGCCAGCGAUCCCAGAUCAGCAGCAUCAACUCAGACAUCGAGGCCCUGAGGCGGCAAUAUCUGGAGGAGCUGCAGUCAGUGCAGCGGGAGCUGGAGGUCCUCUCAGAGCAGUACUCGCAGAAGUGUCUGGAAAAUGCCCACCUGGCCCAGGCGCUGGAGGCUGAGCGGCAGGCCCUGCGGCAGUGCCAGCGCGAGAACCAGGAGCUCAACGCCCACAACCAGGAGCUGAACAACCGCCUGGCUGCGGAGAUCACACGGUUACGGACGCUGCUAACUGGGGACGGUGGUGGAGAGGCUGCUGGGUCACCUCUCACACAAGGGAAGGAUGCCUAUGAGUUGGAGGUCUUAUUGCGGGUCAAGGAGUCGGAGAUACAGUACCUGAAACAGGAAAUUAGCUCCCUCAAGGACGAGCUACAGACGGCAUUGCGGGACAAGAAGUAUGCUAGUGACAAGUACAAAGACAUCUACACGGAGCUCAGCAUUGCGAAGGCAAAGGCCGAUUGCGACAUCAGCAGGUUGAAGGAGCAGCUGAAAGCCGCGACAGAAGCGCUAGGGGAAAAGUCCCCUGAGAGUGCUGCAGUGUCGGGAUACGAUAUAAUGAAAUCUAAAAGCAACCCUGACUUCUUGAAGAAAGACAGAUCCUGCGUCUCCCGGCAACUCAGAAACAUCAGGUCCAAGAGUCUAAAGGAAGGUCUGACGGUGCAAGAACGGUUGAAGCUCUUUGAAUCCAGGGACUUGAAGAAAGACUAGCUGUGUCCCGUUCAGCUUGAACACACACCUUUCCCAGCUUGCGGCAGCACAACCCAAGCGCUGCUUUUUGUCUGUACCUUUGUUUUUAUUAUUAUUAUUGUUGUUGUUGUCCAUCAUUAACUGUGGGUAUGGAUGCAUGAGAGACUGGUUUAUGGGUUGUUCACACCAUUCCUGCCGUGUUGAUUUCAACUUCCUGUUGUCUUUAUCAAAGCUUUUUUUCCAUGGUAUUCUAAACUUAGUCCAGCAGUGGAGGCUGAGGAGGCUGUCCCCUCCCAGCAGGCAUCUGUGUUAGCGUCCCUUCCUUGCUGUAAUCCACCACACUCACUGUCAGUAUUAAGGCUCAGCAGCCUGUUGAUAAGCUAGCCCUGUCUCACCGAGUGCUGGUGUGGAAACUGGGCCCGGUGAGCAUGCCUUGAGGUAGAUGGAAUCCCCGUUGGUCAGAGAAACAGCCGUGCGGACGCUCCAGUUUGGCCUGGAUCACAGCACUGACUACUCAACCCGCCAGCCCGAUGGUUAGAGGAGGAGGUGCACUGUCUUUUGGCCUGGGAGGAAGACAGCAUUUUGUAUUUGUUCCACUGAUGCAGCUUAGAACCACACCCCAGAUAAUCGUGGCAAACCUUUCACAACCUGGAAAAUGUUGAAAGCAACCAUUCCUAUUUUUGUUUGUUUUUUAUUAAAUCUUGCACAAAA